UUUUUUUCGUCAGCGUGCCUCCACGGAGAGAGUGAGAGCUCCUUGAGCGCGCUAUGCACAAGCUCCCCACUGUUUGCCGCAAUUCCAUCGAGUAACGCAAGCAGAGCGUGCCGAGCAUGACAAUUGCGCAUGAGCGCAGCUUUCGUCCCUCGCCCUCAUUGGCUGCUUGCUGAGCUCUUAUCUCUCUCCUCCACGGCAGCUCCCAGUACGUCUCUAUCAAAACACUAUGCACGUAGAGAAAUUUUUGAAUCCCGAUGAGCGGCCAUUGAUUGCGCCCGCGCUCCGCAACAGGCGAGAGAUCUGAGGGUCUGGAUCUUCGGCCACUGCAGGAGCUAUGCGCGACUUCGCAAGCUUGACGUAAACGUGGUGUAGCUACUACGUGGGCAGACUGUAAACAGUAAGCUUUCGGGAGCUCGUGUUGUCUGCUUGCUACGCAUAUAAGAGCUGCUGUUGGACCUGCUCGACCAGUUCAGGAGCUAUCUACCACCUAUCGAAGCUGCCAUACUAUCAAUUGAAUCUUCGCACUUGGCUCCUUCGCUGACCUUCACAUUCCCAACACAUUUUUGCCCUCCAAAGCAACCAGGCUCGUCGAACACAAUGUCGAACCUUCCAUCCGAACCAGAGUUUGAGCAGGCUUAUAAGGAGCUGGCCUCCACCCUCGAGAACUCCACUCUGUUUGAAAAGAACCCUGAGUACAGAAAGGCCCUCCAGGUCGCCUCCAUUCCAGAGCGCGUCAUUCAAUUCCGCGUCACCUGGGAGAAUGACAAAGGCGAGGUCCAAGUCAACCGCGGAUACCGUGUGCAAUUCAACUCUGCCCUUGGUCCAUACAAGGGCGGUCUUCGCUUCCACCCAACCGUGAACCUGUCUGUCCUGAAGUUCUUGGGCUUUGAGCAGAUCUUCAAGAACGCAUUGACCGGCCUGCAGAUGGGCGGUGGCAAAGGCGGCGCCGACUUCGACCCUAAGGGAAAGUCGGACAACGAGAUCCGCAAGUUCUGCGUGGCCUUCAUGAGGGAGCUCAACAAGCACAUCGGAGCUGAUACUGAUGUUCCGGCUGGCGAUAUCGGCGUCUCAUCACGUGAGAUUGGCUGGAUGUUCGGAACCUAUCGUCUGGAAAAGAACAAGUGGGAAGGUGUUCUUACUGGUAAGGGCGGUAGCUGGGGCGGCAGUUUGAUUCGACCAGAGGCUACAGGCUACGGUCUUGUCUACUACGUCGAGCAUAUGAUCAACUACGCCUCUGGUGGCAACAGCGGAUUCAAGGGCAAGAGGGUUGCCAUCUCAGGCUCUGGCAACGUUGCACAGUACGCUGCACUUAAGGCCAUUGAGCUUGGCGCUACCGUUGUCUCCCUGUCGGACUCAAAGGGCUCUUUGAUCGCCGAAGAGGGUGGUGCGAUCACCCCCGAACUUGUUGCUGAGAUCGCCGCUCUCAAAGUUGAGCGCAAGGCCCUCGCUGAGCUGGCCAACACCGCUGCGCACAAGGUCACUUACAAGGAGGGCGUUCGUCCAUGGAAGGAGGUCGGUAAAGUUGACGUUGCUCUUCCAUGCGCCACCCAGAACGAGGUGUCUGGUGACGAGGCCGAGUCACUUACUGCAAACGGCUGCCUCUUCAUCGCAGAGGGCUCCAACAUGGGCUGCACGCAAGAAGCCAUCGAUGUAUUCGAGAAGGCCCGCAAGGAGAAGAAGGACAAGGGCAUCUGGUAUGGCCCAGGCAAGGCUGCCAACGCUGGCGGUGUCGCCGUCUCUGGUCUCGAGAUGGCGCAGAACUCGUCCAGGAUAAAGUGGACUGCUGAGGAGGUCGACGCUAAGCUCAAGGACAUCAUGAAAAACUGCUUUGACAACUGCCUCGAGACAGCCAAGGAGUUUGUUACCCCAGCAGAGGGCGAGCUUCCUUCCCUGGUUGCUGGAGCCAACAUUGCAGGCUUCCGAAAGGUUGCUGCCGCCAUGAAGGACCAGGGUGACUGGUGGUGAGCGGUGGCUCUUGCACGAAUACCUCCACACAUCCACCCGUGGACAUGCAUGUGUUUAGAUCGUGGUCUUUCGCACGUCCUAGAAUCGCCUCAGAGUUGACGGAGGCCGUGUCCUUGGCUGUACGGUCAUUUUAGAUAUCCAUUGUACAUAUUACGGACAUGAAUGAUAGCGAUACUUUUGGCUUUUGCUUUUUGACCGAACAGUGCUGCAAAGUCGCCAAACAUGUUGCUAAAAGCGGAUAGAGUCUCUAAAGUGCGCCCAAGGGCAGUCCUGCAGAUGUAAACGCCGCGCGGAUUGCUGCGCAUUUUGUCGCGUCCCCCACAAGCUGUGUAUUGCAGGGCGAGACAUCCCGGCAUAAGAUGAGAGAAUAAUUUUUUCUAAAAAAAAAUUGAAGCGGAAACAAUUCACGUCG